GCCCUUCUUUCAGAAAUGUUGAAGUUAAUUUUUCUUCUUCUGCUGCAGUUGAUAGAUUGUGCUAAUAUAACAGUUCAGCCAGUGUCUAUUAAUGCAACACUCAACUCUACUAUUGUCUUCUCUUGUGAAGGAACUGGUGAUGAACUUACUGUUCGGGUUAAUAAUACACCAGCUACUAAUACAGAUGUUAUAGCUAAAGGAUUUAGUGUAACAUCAAGUGCUCAUGAUGGUACUAGAAGAACAGAGCUACAAGCAAUAGCUUAUGAACAUAACAAUAAUACUGAAGUGAGAUGUAGAGCUAGUACUGAUGAACCUCUUCAGGCAGUGCUCAGUAAUACAGCAAUAUUAAUGAUGCAAGGUUAG